AUGGUUGCCCGCGCCGAGAACAUUGGUAUCCGUGCCAUCGAGGUCUACUUCCCGAGCCGUUACGUCGACCAGGUCGAGCUCGAGCAGCACGACGGCGUGUCGGCCGGCAAGUACACGAUCGGUCUGGGGCAGUCCAAGAUGGCUUUCUGCGACGACCGCGAGGACAUCUCGUCAGUGUGCCUGACGGUGGUGCAGUCGUUCAUGGAGAAGUACAACGUGUCGUACAGCGACAUCGGGCGCCUGGAGGUGGGCACCGAGACGAUCAUCGACAAGAGCAAGUCGACCAAGACGGUGCUGAUGAAGCUGUUUGAGGAGUCUGGCAACUUCAACGUCGAGGGCAUCGACACGACCAACGCCUGCUACGGCGGCACCUCGGCGCUCUUCAACGCCUGCCAGUGGAUGGACUCGUCGGCGUGGGACGGCCGUCUGGCGCUGGUGGUGGCCGGCGAUAUCGCCGUCUAUGCGUCGGGCAACGCCAGGCCGUCGGGCGGCUGUGGCGUCGUCUGCAUGCUGGUUGCUCCCGAUGCCCCGCUGGCGCUCGAGUUCCCGCUGCGCGGCACCUUCAUGGAGAACACCUACGAUUUCUACAAGCCCAACAUGUCGUCCGAGUUCCCCACCGUCGACGGCCCGCUGUCGGUGACCUCGUAUGUGCGUGCCCUCGAUAACGCGUACCUGGCCUACAUCGAUGCCCUGGAGAAGCGCGCGGCCGAGUCCGCAGCCUCGCUGGACAGUGUCGACUACCUGGUCUUCCACUCGCCCUACACCAAGCAGCCCCGAUGCCCGCAGUUCGCCGAUGUCCAGCAGUUCAAGGACAUUGCCCGCGAGGACUCGUACACCAACAAGGUCCUCGAGAAGGCCUUCAUUAACGUCUCCAAGCAGGCCUUUGCCGCCAAGACCAAGCCCUCGCUGCUGGCCGCCUCCAACAUCGGAAACAUGUACACGGGCUCGGUCUUCUUUGGCCUGGCCUCGCUGCUCACCGAGGUGUCCUCGGCUGACCUCCAGGGCAAGCGCAUUGCCCUGUUCUCCUAUGGCUCCGGAUGCGCCGCGUCCAUGUACUCGUUCCGCGUCCGCGGCAACACCGAGGAGAUCGCCAAGGCCCUUGACCUCAAGGCCCGUCUGGACAGCCGGACCAAGAUCUCGCCCGUCGAGUUCGAGCAGAUCAUGGCCCUGCGCGAGAAGACCCACAACGCCCUCGAGUACGAGCCCCAGAGCGACGUCUCCAAGCUCUUCCCCGGCACCUUCUAUCUGCAGAAGAUCGACUCCAUGUGGCGCCGCGCCUACGGCCGCACUCCGCUCAACUAG